AUGGAAACACUAGAGGAAAUUGAACUCUGUUUUCCACAGCUCCUCAACUCCUCCUGUAAGAAGCUCACGCGUCCUCGCUCUGAGGCUCUGAUCAUUUACAUCCUGAUGUCCUGCGUCUCUUUGCUCACAGUGGUUCUCAACCUGCUGGUCAUCGUCUCCAUCUCCCACUUCAGGCAGCUCCACACUCCCACCAACCUCCUUCUCCUCUCUCUGGCUGUGUCUGAUUUCCUCGUGGGCCUCAUUGUGAUGCCGUUUCAGAUCCUCUUAACAGAACCCUGCUGGCUCCUCAGUGACUCAGUGUGUGUUCUCUAUUACAUCUUUGCCUUUAUCACUGUCUGUGCCUCUGUAGGAAACAUGGUCCUGAUAUCAGUGGACCGUUAUGUGGCCAUUUGUGAUCCUCUGCAUUACUCCACCAAAGUCACUCAGAGGAGAGUUCAGAGUUUUGUUGUUCUAUGUUGGGUUUCCUCUGUUUUUUAUGCCUUUAUGAUUUUAUAUGAUAAUAUAAAACAACCAGGCAGGUUUAAUUCCUGCUAUGGUGAAUGUGUGAUUAACAUGUUGGGAGCUGUUGAUCUAGUGAUUAGCUUUAUUAUACCUAUCUCAGCCAUCAUCGUUCUGUAUGUGAGGGUGUUUGUGGUGGCUGUGUCUCAGGCUCGUUCCAUGCGCUCCCACGUUGUAGCUGUUAAACUGCAGCGUUCACUGACUGUGACUGUUCAGAGUUCAGAGCUGAAAGCAGCCAGGACUCUGGGUGUAGUUGUUGCUGUGUUCCUCAUGUGCUACUGUCCAUAUUAUUGUGUGUCUCUCACUGGCUACGGCAUCAUUAUGGGCUCAUCAAUUAACGCAUUCACAGAUUUUCUGGUCUUAAUAACAUCCUGUCUCAACCCUGUGAUUUACGCCUUCCUCUACCCCUGGUUUCGAAAAUCGACUAAGUUUAUUGUUACACUGAAGAUACUGCAGCCUCGCUCCUGCGAGGCCAAUGUACUCUAUAGCUGA